GCUGUUUACCACACAGGCACAGCGCCUCUCCCCGGCCGCCACUGAGGAGGGAGGGCUCGCGAAGUGAAUGAAGGCGAGAGGAAGAGGAGGAGGAGGAAAAGCAAGAGAGGAGAGGGGAGGAUGAGAGGAGAGCGUGAGCAGCUCGCGAGGAGUCCAGCACGCAUCAUGUGGGCGCCCUGAGCGCGAGCGAGCGGCGGCCAGGUGAACGUGGGCGCUUUCACACAGACGCGGACUGCUGCUGCUGCUCGCGCGCGCUGCCCGGGGAGCAGGAGAUGGAUGUGGAAGGCGCGCGUUUGAGUCUCGCGCUGUUUUGCAACUGAAUGUUGUGAAGCGAGUCUUCUUUCUUCUUCUUAUUUUUCUUCUGCUUCGUUUUUUCGCGCGUCUUUGUUGCUGCGCACUGACCACAAACACAGCCGGGGAAAUAACACACACAAACUUCAGCAUGGCUCUGGUCAUGGAACCUGUGAGCAAGUGGACAACGAGCCAGGUGGUGGACUGGAUGAAAGGUCUUGACGACUGUUUGCAGCAGUACAUCAAGAACUUUGAGCAGGAGAAGGUGGGCGGGGAGCAGCUGCUGCGUAUCACGCACCAGGAGCUGGAGGACCUGGGCGUCUCCCGAAUUGGCCAUCAGGAGCUCAUCCUGGAGGCUGUAGACCUGCUGUGUGCACUGAAUUAUGGUCUGGAGACAGAAAAUCUAAAGACUCUGUCACAUAAACUCAACGCCUCUGCCAAGAACCUGCAGAACUUCAUAACAGGGCGCCGGCGAGGAGGCCACUACGACGGCCGUGCUACACGCAAGCUCCCCAACGAUUUCCUCACCUCUGUCGUAGACCUUAUUGCUGCUGCCAAGAGCCUUCUGGCCUGGCUAGACAGGUGUUACUUCUUCCUCAGGUCUCCCUUUGCUGCAGUGGCAGACUACUCCUUGACCAGGAACAAUGUCAUCCAGCUGUGCCUGGAGCUGACGACGAUAGUGCAGCAGGACAGCACAGUGUACGAAACGGAGAAUAAAAUACUGCAUGUGUGUAAGACGCUGUCAGGUGUGUGUGACCACAUCAUCACGCUGUCCUCAGACCCCAUGGUGUCUCAGGCAGCUCAUCUGGAGGUGGUGCAUCUGGACAACAUCAAAUCCACAGAGGGCCUGGGCAUGUACAUCAAGUCAACAUACGAUGGCCUACAUGUGAUUACAGGAACUACAGAGGGAUCCCCAGCUGACCGCUGUAAGAAAAUCCAUGCUGGCGAUGAGGUCAUUCAGGUCAAUCACCAGACAGUGGUGGGCUGGCAGUUGAAGAAUCUGGUAAACUCUUUGCGAGGAGAUCCUGCUGGAGUGUCUUUAACGCUGAAGAAACGACCGCAGAGUACUCUCACCUCCGCCCCUGCCUUACUGAAGAACAUGAGAUGGAAGCCCCUGGCCCUACAGCCCAUCAUCCCCCCGAGCCCCAGCAGCAGCGCGGCCACGCCCACCAGCACCCUCAGCACGCCCUCCAGACGAGACAGCUGUGCCCUGCAGGACCUUUACAUACCUCCACCACCUGAAGAGCCAUACACACCCAGAGAGGAACCUGGAACAGUCAGUGAUCACUCGCAGCACGAGGUGGCUAAAGGUUCAGAAUCUCCCAACUCUUUCCUGGAUCAGGAGUGCCGGCGGCGCUUCCCUGUGCUGGAGGAGGACGCGGUUCUCUACUGCUAUGAAUACGACCAGAACCAGGGCCCUCCUCCUGUGCGCCGGGACAACACCCCAACAUAUGGCAGGCUGAGGCCCAUCUCCAUGCCGGUGGAGUAUAACUGGGUGGGAGACUAUGAAGACCCAGCCAAGCUGAAGAAAGAGCUCAGGAGAGAGAAUUCCCUGUUCCGUUAUGUCGGCGAGGACAAGACGGGCCCCGAAGAGUACGUGAUAGGACGCAGCAGCAGUAGGAGGAGUCGGAGAAAGAACGAGAAAGCGAGUAGCCCCGCCCAUUACGCCCUGGUCCCCGCCCUUCAAAUGGAGAUGUUGCGUCAGGAGUCAGUAACCACGCCCACCUCCGACACUUCAUCCAUUUAUCAAACAUUCGAUCAGUCUUCAGCGCUGUCAAGGUCGAAGAAGAAGUUACGAGCUGGCUCCAUGUCCUCCAUCAGUAAGCGACGAAUUUCCUGUAAAGACCUGGGUCAAGGAGACUGUGAAGGCUGGCUGUGGAAGAAGAAGGACGCUAAGAGCUACUUUUCUCAGAAGUGGAAGAAGUACUGGGUGGUGCUGAAAAAUGCAUGUCUGUACUGGUACAUCAAUGAGGAGGAUGAGAAGGCAGAGGGCUUCGUCAGCCUGCCGGACUUUAAGAUCGAUCGAGCGAAUGAAUGCCGCAAAAAGUUUGCAUUUAAGGCAUGCCAUCCCAAGAUCAAGAGCUUCUACUUCGCUGCAGAUAAUGUGGAUGACAUGAACAGGUGGCUGAGUCGAUUAAACAUGGCAGCGGCGGCUCACUCGGAGCAGGAGAGGAUCCGGCAGGAUCACGACUACUGGAGUGAGAGUGACCAUGAGGACACAGAUCACAUGUCUUCAAUGCCUAAACAGGACAGCCCUCCCCCGCCCUAUGACACAUACCCUCACGCUGCCUUACAAAUGAGCCCCUACCUGGAGCCCAAACAUAUCCGGCCCCCGUCCACUGAAACUGUCCCUCCUCGUUCCCCACACGAAGAGUUUCACCCGGAUUCUCAGCAGGGAGGCAGCCUGAGCGGCUCCAGCUCACCUGGGCGCAAGUCAGCCAACCAGCGGCGCUCGUGGCAGGACCUGAUUGAGACGCCUCUUACCAGCUCUGGCCUGCACUAUCUUCAGACUCUUCCCCUGGAGGACGCCGUCUUCCUGGACCCUAACGGAGCCAUACCCGUGGAACUCCGGCGCCAGUCGACUCUGCCUGCCCAGCGUGGCCCACUACCUGAACACUACCGGCCCCCCACGCAAAGACAGCCAAGUCCUGUCAGCCUGCCCCCCACCAGUGCUCACGGUGGGGGAGGAAUAGGGAAACAUCGUAGCUUCACACUGCCCAGGGACAGUGGUCUCCACGCCAUCCUCGCAGCCAGUGCAGCCCCAGAGUACAGGGAAGCACAGCGCUACCAGUUAGGCCAACCGUACACCAGAGACUCAGGUAUGGAGAGGGAACGCAGGCAGCAAGCUGACUCUCUGGGUGACCUGUACCGAGCUCUGGAGAGGGCCAGUCUGUCCCCUGUGAACGAACACAGGUCCAGUCGUCUGGAGUACAAACGCUCCUUCGUCCGCCGUUGUAACGACCCCUUACUCAACGAGAAACUGCACCGCCUGCGCAUCCUUCAGAAUACAUUCAAGGAUGUACCACUCCAAGAGGCAGAGACAAAGAUCAUUCACCGGGAUGUGUGAAGAAAACUGAUGCCACCCAGCACAAAAUUAGCAGGAGAGCAGCUGCACAACACUGGACUUUUGCAUCCAUACCUACAUAUAAAGACAGACAAACCUCAGCAUUCUCAGCAUUCUUCCUCCAAGCUGAAGUUGACCUGUCUCUCUUUGGGCCUGUUUACACCUCACAUUAACAUGCGUUUCCAGUGUGACCAGUUGAGAUUGUUUUACUGUUCUGCAUAAAAAUCGCAUUCUUGUAAAAGCUCUAUCAGCAUAUGAGACAGACUAUUUAAACUGCAAGAGAACAACCCAACUAACAGGGGUUAUAUGAAUGUUUGGCAACAUUUUGAAAAUGUGUAAAAUUUUAAUGAUUUGCAUCAUAACGUUAUUAAAACCAAUGAUCCCAACUAGACAAAUGCUAACAUUAUCAAAACUUUAAAAUAACAUUCCUAAAACUAAAAAUUAAGAAGUAAAAAAGUGAAGGUUUUAAGAAUGUUUAUAAAACAUUCUACUAAUCAAAAAUGAUCUACAUUUACUGGUGCACACAAACAUGCGCACACAUACAAUGAGAGAGAUUGAAAGAGAGUAAAAAGCCAAGACUAUUACUAUUACACUGUAAAUUAUUAAC